ACAGAGAGACUGGAGGGGAGGAGUGUGGACUCAGGGGCAGGAGUUGGAGCCAUGCUUUGAGUCAUACCAGUGUGCUCUGCCAGCGGUAUUUAACCAGCACCACACCCCGAACAGGCUCCAUAACGGGAACCAUCUACUGCAACUCUAGGUUCUGUUCUGUUCUCUAAGGGAUUUCACAAUGGCGUUGGUUUCAGAGUUCUUGGGACAGCUCACGCUGAAUUUCGGCGGGGAGAGUGAGCCUAAAUUCCCCACGGUGGUGGCAGUCGGGGAUUUUGAUCCAGCUAAAGAUGCUGCCAGGAUAGAAACGGCCGUCAAAACCAAGGGUGUGGAUGAGCUGACCAUCGUUGACAUUCUGACCAGACGGAGCUACUCCCAGAGGAGAGAGAUCGCCUUCGAGUACGAGAAGAGAUCCAAGAAGGAUAUGAUCACAGCUCUGAAGGGGGCUCUGUCUGGGUCUCUGGAGGCUGUAAUUCUGGGACUGAUGAAGAGUACAGCUCAGUACGAUGCCUCUGAGAUCAAAGGAUCCAUCAAGGGUCUGGGGACCGAUGAGGAGACUCUGAUAGAGAUGGUCUGUUCCCGCAGCGCUGACGAACUGGUGGAAAUCAAACGUGUCUACAAGGAGUUGUUCAAGAAGGAGCUGGAGAAGGACGUGGCUGGAGACACAUCGGGAGACUUCAGGAGUCUGCUGUUGGCCCUAGUACAGGCCAAGAGAGAUGAGCCCUCAAAUAUUGUUGACUACGAGAAGAUUGACCAGGACGCCAGAGUAAGACAAAUACAUUAAAGCAUUGAUACGGACACUUAAACACCGUACCAGAACCAAACACGAACGUUUUGAUACGGACACUUAAACACCGUACCAGAACCAAACACGAACGUUUUGAUACGGACACUUAAACACCGUACCAGAACCAA